CUUUUCGCCGUCUGCUCCACCGCACUCAUCGUUUAUCAAAGUGCCCGCCUGCGGUCUAUUCCCUUUGGAAAGCCAUGGAAAUCGUGUAUCUUUCAAAAGCAUUGAAUUAGUGCCAAAACGUGCAAAAUUGUUUCGAAAACAUAAUGUUAAACAUUUUCUAAAUCCGCAACUUUAGCAAACUUGGCUUUUUUACAAAUUAAGCGUAAUGGCCUAAAAAAAAGUACAUUUUCAUUUAUUUAUAGUAUAGUAUAGUAUUUUGUAAACUUGUAACUUAAUCUUUUCUGACUCAAACAAAUUCUUUAUCAGGGGAGGUGCUGUAAUCUUUUCUCAAUUAAUUUAAACUAUUAAUAAUAUGUAUUUUUCCAUUGUUGAUGAUAUCAUAUUUCAGCACUUAGUUUAACGAGAUACACUGUUUAGACUUGAAAAGAUCUGUUGAUAACUGGGUCGGUUUAUUUAGUGCUAUGUCCAUAUUAUAUCUAUCUUGCACAUAAUAUUAUUGCACCUGUCCUAAGGUGAUAUCUUGAUUGCUCUGUUCAUAAAUUUGACGUAAAUUGCCUUAUUUAGAACCGCGGGCACUUGCUCGCAUAAAUAUCUGAGCCGCAUUAUUUGUUUUCCAAACAUUUGGCUGCCCCCACUCGCUUUUCCUCUGGGUUUUCCGCUCAUUCGCUCUCCACCUUUGGGAGAUUUUUCCUCGGAAUAGUUUUCCCCCAGUUGAAUUUUGGCGCCCGCGUUGAUCGGUUGAGCAGUCGGGAAAAUCUUUCGUUUGGCUUUUGGAAAAUGUACCGUGCAAAGUCGUGGGUUUAUUUUUAGCCAACGUGCUGAUUGCCCCACUCGCAGUGCUCCAAAUCGGAUUGAGAAUCGACAACUGCCAAAUUAAUAGCAAAUCCUCAGGCUUUAAGGUCUUCCGACAAGAAGGGAGAGUUCCAGCAGUCGUGGCAUCGGUUAUAUAAUCCAUGAAAGAUUAAAAUGCCCAGCAAAUUUCAGAGAAAAAGCUCUCCCGGAGGAGGACGAGGUGGCGGAGGGCUGGGCGGGGCGUCCAGCGUUUCCUCUACACCGAGCAAUCAGCCCCGGAAACGAGUGAAACGAUGCUGCCGGAACUUCUGCACCUUUAUGUGCACCCAGGUAGGCGUGGGCGCCCUGAUCGUGUUCUAUGCCAUCUGCGGAGCAUUCGCCUUCAUGCACAUCGAGCGCCAGUUUGUGGACGAGACCGCUGGCCAGGUUAAAGACUUGCGAAACAAGUACUCCCAGCAGCUGUGGAACAUCACAGAGAAGCACAAUGUCCUCGAUCGCUUUCAGUGGACGGAGGCCACGAAUGCAAUUCUGCGGGACUACCAGGGGCAAAUAGCAGGGAUCGUCAAGCACGGCUAUGUGGGCCGGAGUCCCGAGCAGAUAUGGAGCUUUCCGGCGGCCCUUAUGUUCUGCCUUUCGGUGAUAACCAUGAUUGGCUAUGGUAACAUGGUGCCCAGAACUCCGUGGGGUAAAGGAUUCACCGUGAUUUAUGCCACCUUCGGGAUACCCUUGUACAUCCUGUACUUCCUGAGCAUGGGACGAGUGCUGGCCCGCUCGUUUAAGUUCCUCUACCGCUCCAUGCACGACUGCACCCAGGAGCAUCCACGACUAGAUCGCCUAGACGCCCUCGAGGGAGGUGUCACCAUGGCUCGCAAGAAGGUCAUUGUACCGUCAACCGCUUGCCUGUGGGUGAUAUUUUUCUACGUCCUUACCGGCACAGUGAUGUUUGCCAAUUGGGAAAAGUGGAGCUUUCUGAACAGCUUCUACUUCUGCAUGACGUCGCUGUGCAAGAUUGGAUUCGGUGACUUUGUGCCAGGCGCAUCGCUGACCACCACCGCGGAUGUGAAUGCCGCGACGCAAAAGCUGCAGGAGGAUAUCGCCGCCGAUCCGGCCGAGCUGGCCCAGCUGCAAUCCGUGGCUGCCGAUCAGCAUUCAAAGCUGGCCAUCAACUUCGUGUACAUGCUGCUGGGAAUGGGACUGGUGGCCAUGUGUCGCAACUUGAUGCGCGAGGAGGUGCGCCUAAAGGCGCGCGAGAUGCGCGAGGACGCCAAGUUGUGCAUGGAGGACACGCGGCUGCGUUUUGUCGGCUGCUGCGGAAAUCCCCGGGAUGCCUACGAGGAUGAUUACUAUUAGG